CGAAAGAUCAAAUGGAACUUAUUGAUCUUCGGGAGGCUGAGCAUUGCUAUGAUAUUGGAAAAUACGUUCAGUCUGCUCGACUGUUCGCACGUACCUCUGUCAACUUUGAAGAGGCUGCAUUGCGAUUUAGCCAUUUCUCGCUAAGCCUACAUCCGCCACCACCCGUCGUGCAGGGGAUUAUUGUUACUGAAGAUAGUGACCUAGCAUUUGAGGAUGAUGAGCUAACUGAUGAGUCUGCAACAAAGUGCUUAUCGGAAUCUUCACAUGCCAGAUACAAGCGGGGGCAACAGCAUCAUCAGGCACAAAAGGAGGCUGCUGGGGACUCAAGCCGAGAGAAGGACCUAAAAAAAGCUGCAGCAAAGCAAGUUGAUGAGGGAGAGGAGGAAGAUGAUAAAGAGAACGAGGAAAUCCAUACGUCAACGGCUCCGUUAAAGGCUUAUUUACGAGCUAAGCUAGACUUGAUAAUUCAGCUGGGUGCUCAGACAUCUAAGAAAAAUCAAGAUCAGCUGGCACUUCUUGCAGUUUGGUUGGCCGAACUGUUGCUUGAUCAAAUAGGUGAGCUACAGGAGCGCUGUAAACGUCAUCCUUCCAAGUCAGCCCAGUCUGUUUUUGCUAAGAGGCAACGGGAGUUUAGAUCUUUGGUUGCCCAUCCCAGUGCUAUUUUGCCAGAAGCGAAAUGUCUAAUAUACAAGAUGAUCGAAAGUCAUGGAAAUGAUGAAGAAUUCAUUUUUUUCUCCAAACUGGUUAAAGGUAAAUAA